AUGUUGGCGAGUUCAAUUGUAGCGACAUUGAGCACCUUGCUCCCUGUGCUAUCGAGCGCACAGCGAAUCCGCUCUGAUCCUGGCAUUGCAGGCCCACCACUCGAAAUCGUGCACCUGUACAAUGACCAAUGGCCAACUGGGAUCACUGUCUCCAAAACCGGGCGUAAAUUCUCAAACUACCCUUCUGGCCUGGACCCCAACAACACCAACACGGGCAGCAACGACAAGCACGCCGUAGCAGAAAUCCUAGCCAAUGGAACUGAAAUCCCCUAUCCAAACGUAGACAUCAACAACCCACCCAACGGAGCAAUCAACUACACCGUCUCCCCACCCGUCGGCGCAAACUACCCCAACCACCUCAUCGGCGUCCAAAGCGUAGUACUCGACGCCCAAGACCGCCUCUGGAUCCUCGACACUGGCCGCGCCCUCACCGCGGACGGCACCCUCGUCCCCGCCGCGCCCGGGGGCCCCAAACUCAUCGCCGUCGACCUCUCCAGCAACAGCGUGCUCCAAACCAUCCUCUUCCCGCCCACCGUCGCAUACCCAACCUCGUACCUCAACGACAUCCGGCUCGACCUGCGCCCCAGCCUCAGCGGUACCACCGGAAAAGGCAUAGCCUACAUCACCGAUUCCUCAAGCGAAGGCCGCAACGGCAUCGUCGUCGUCGACCUCGGCUCCGGAGACUCGUGGCGCCGUCUCGACGCCAUCGCAGAGGUACGCGCUGAGCGCGGAUUUGUCCCGUUUGUCUGGGGCCAACCUUUGUAUUACAUUCCCGGCCCCGAUCUGCCUCUUACUACCGUGCCCCUUGGGAGCGACGGCAUCGCCUUGUCCGCGUCGGGCGAGGAUUUGUAUUUCGGGCCUGUGGGCGGCAGAUCGCUGUAUAGUCUUCCUACAGAGCGUUUGCGGGAUAGGAGCGACGGCAGUGCGGAGCUACGGGCGCAGGCGGCGGUGCAGAGGAGGGGGGAGAGGGGCGUGAGUGAUGGGUUUGAGACGGAUACGAAUGGGUUUGUGUAUGUGGGCAAUAUGGAGCAGAAUGAGGUUGGGUUUUAUAAUCCUGAGAAUGCGUCGGUUACGCUGUUUGUGAGGGAUCCGAGGAUUAGCUGGGUGGAUACUACUUGCGUUUAG